AGUAAAAGAAAAGAAUGCAGCAAGACAUGACAUACUAGUAAGAACAAAAUGGAAGGGAAAAAAAACAGCAAUUUGCAUGCUUGAAACCUGUAUUAAGGUCUUUUCAUAGUUGUCAGCGGACAAUGUCGGCAUUGCAUCACAAGAGAAUGCCCUCUCACUUGACGUGCACACAUCAAAAAUUGUUGCAGGGCGUGGAAUGCAGUGGAGAUAAUUUUGCAUAGUCUGAGUCACAUGCUGUACUCAGUGUGCCGCUUCGUUCUACGUACCAUCUAGGUUGUCGCCUUCUUGAUGAAUUUUGCAGCAUUAUUAAUAAUAGCUUCUGGUUAACUGGUUAACCGAUCUGCAAACCUUUUGAUAUUGGAGCAGUUCUCCUGUGAAACUUUUUUUUUUUUAAUAACAUACUUCCUAUGUGGUCAUUAUUGUAUUAUAACGGGUAUUUAUAUUAAAAACGCAGUUGAAUAUAAGAUUUGUUAGGGGAGAGAAAGACACGAGAAAAACACCCUACAGAAGAGGAAAUGAUAGGACAAAAACAAAUACCGAGGCCAGGACCAGUGAAGUCAGGAUUGCUGAGUCACCUGUGUCCACUGAAUUGUGCAAGUGAACAGACAUCACAUACGCAAUAAAGUCCUGGAGUUGGUGUGUAGGCUUGAUGAGGAUUAAAAAAAACCUGCUCCCACCAAGGCAAGAGGGAGAGGCAAGAAAAGGGGGCUCAUCCGGGGUGGCCCUACCACCCACCCUAAAGGAGGCAGAGUGGUUGGCUGGUUGGAUACAAAAGAAGGAGAAAAGGAGUUGUACAAGUUGGCCAGAAAGAGGGAUAGAGAUGUGAAGGAUGUGCAACAAGUAAAGGUGAUUAAGGAUAGCGUUGGAAAUAUGUUGACUGGUGCUAGUAGUCUGCUAAGUAGAUGGAAAGAGUAUUUUUGAGAAGUUAAUGAAUGAAGAAAAUGGGAGAGAAGGUAGAGUAGAAGAGCCGAGCGUAAAUGACCGGGAAGUGGCUUUGAUUAGUAAAGAAGAAGUUAGAAAGGCACUGAAGAGAAUGAUAAAUGGAAAGACAGUUGGUCCUGAUGACAUACCAGUGGAGUUAUGGAAGCAAUUUGGUGAGGUGGCUGUGGAGUUUUUGACCAACUUAUUCAAUAGAAUACUAGCAGGAUAGAAGAUGCCAGAAGAAUGGAGGAAAAGCGUGCGAGUCCCCAUUUUUAAGAACAAAGGCGAUGUUCAGAACUGUGAAAACUACAGUGGAAUAAAGAUGAUGAGCCACACAAUGAAGUUAUGGGAAAGAGUAGUGGAGGCUAGACUGAGGACAGAAGUAUCUGUGGGCAACAGUAUGGUUUCAUGCCUGGAUAGGCUGACAGGCGAGGUUAGACUGGAUUCCCCUUGGUCCAUGAUGUUAGCAGAUGAUAUUGUGCUCUGCAGUGAAAGCACGGAACAGGCGGAGGAACAGUUAGAAAGAUGUAGGUACGCACUUGAAAGGAGAGGAAUGAAGAUUAGCCGUAGUAAAACAGAAUAUAUGUGCGUGAAUGAGAGGGGAGGAGGGGGAAGAGCGAAGCUCCAGGAAGAAGAGAUAGCGAAGGUGGAUGACUUUAAAUACGGUAAGGAAGUGAAGAAAUGGGUUCAAGCGGGGUGUAACAGUUGGAAGGUGUCUGGUGUUUUAUGUGACAGAAGAGUAUCCGCCAGGAUGAAGGGCAAAAUUUAUAAAACAGUGGUGAGGCUGGCCAUGAUGUACAGAUUAGAGACGGUGGCACUCAAGAAACAACGGAAAGCAGAAUUGGAGGUAGCAGAAAUGAAGAUGCUGAGGUUGUCGCUUGGUGUAAGCAGGCUGAAUAGGAUUAGAAAUGAGCUCAUUAGAGGGACAGCCAAAGUUGGAUGUUUUGGAGACAAGGUGAGAGAGAGCAGACUGCGAUGGUUUGGACAUGUUCAGAGGCAAGAGAGUGAGUAUAUUGGUAGAAGGGUGCUGAGGAUGAAGCUGCCAGGCAAAAGAGCAAGAGGAAGACCAAAGAAAAGGUUGAUGGAUGUUGCGAGGGAGGACAUGAGUACAGUGGGUGUUAGAAAGGAGGAUGCGCGAGAUAAGCUUUGAUGGAAAAAGAUGAACGCUGUGGUGAUCCCUUACGGGACAAGCCGAAAGAAAAAAAAGAAGUUGGACUGGAAUCUGCGCUACCUUUGUGGAUAGCGGAUUGCAGAAAACGUCCCAGUGAUGAUGAACAGGCUGAAGAAAGUGCUGACGAACUUUGACCCCCUCAAACACGAGGCUUUUUGGCAAGCAAAGGUAGGUUUGAAAAAUUUCAAAAACAUGAUGGCCUCAGAGGCAUGCAGCUGUACGGUGAGGCUUCCUCUGGCGAUGAUGUUGCUCAUCGUUAUGUGAAGGAAGGAUUUGCAUAAACAUCAACAAUAUGGUACGAGCUGUUGAGUUUAGCAAUUGUGUUGACUGGAUUAUGUCCAUGUACAGGGGAAUUUUGAAGCAGAAGAAAAAACAAAGACAACACCAUUUUUUUCUCAAAGAAAAACCUCAGUUACACCAUCAGCUCCUCCAGCAAGAUUAAUUUUGGUAUCCAAAUAGACAGAAAAAAAAAAUUAAUCUCAAAGGUAAAAAAAACAAUCUCAAAGGUGAAAAAAAAAAAAAAAAAAACUCAGCUAUGUACUUCGCCAGCACCUCCAGCAGAAGAUUCUCUAAUUCUGUUCAUUACAUACUGCCGUAAAAAUGUUUUAUCAUUGUUUAACUAGACACUUGUACCGUUGUAACUUUUGUCUAGAGCGUGCAAAGUAUAAAUAUUAUCCUGUUGACAUUUUCAAACUAACCCUAACACUCUGGUACCCACAAGGGACACACAGACAAAACAACACCCCAUCUCAAAGGUUGAAAACUCAGCUACAUCGCCAGUGCCUCCAGCAGAAAAGUCUCCCAAGUGAUGAAUGACACGGCACAGAGGCUCGUGAGCUGGUACGCAAGUUCAACUGCGCAGGAGGCUACACCGACUGGCGCCUCCAUCGAUUCAUCUCGCGAAUCUAUGCUCCCUAGCCAACAAAAUGGAUGAACUUCAGCUUCCGAUAAAGACCUACAAAGACUUUGGAUUUCCUGCUGCCCUGUGCUUCACGGUGACUUGGCUUUGUGGAUGCAUCUCCAAUGGAGCAGUUAUGCUACCCGGCUUUCAACUUUAUCCGGCGAACCACAUCGCAGAGCUACCACGGAAAUCAAAAAGCGGUGGAUUAUGCUUCUAGGUCAAUGAAAAAUGGUGCGAGAUUGAGAAGAAAAUGCCCACAUUCACUCCUCAUUUUCCGAGAUUUUAACACAGCUAAACUUAACCAAAACAUCCCUAAAUAUAAGCACCAAGUAAAAUGUCCAAUG